AUGCGGGUUAAUACGGUGUCCAAGGUGGUUCGCCUUUGCGAAAGUAUUUUAACCCGGCAACAUCAAUCGCGCGGGUUUGUACGGUAUCGCUCCGGUUACUGGACUUCGAUAAUAUAUUGGGUGGAGAAAUUCGUCCGAACUACCACUGCAGAGCAGCACGGCCUUGGGGGCAGUGCAUGGGAAGAAAUCGUCCAGGAUGACUUGGCUUACUUUCGUGCCAUUUUGUCCUUUCCCGAUAUUCAAGGAUCGUCGUUCAUGCAUUUCUUAAGAUUGAGGUCCAGUGGUGGUGUAACCGACAGAUACAAAAUGCUUGCGGCAAACUAUUGCUUCAAAAGAUCGUUUAUACUAACGUCAACCGGACGAUUGGGCAUCGGGCCCGAGACCACCGACCCUGGCGAUGUCGUAUCAGUGAUUUUGGGCGGCGGUGUGCCGUACAUAUUUAAGGAGUAG